GUCUCAUGUAUUAUCUGUAACAACGGAUUGAGCUUUUGGAGAAGUUUCAUGGUGACCAAAGAGAGGAGGAAGAGGAAAACAGGAAUUUUUCAAUGAAGAAACAAGGCUGUGAAAUUGAAGCAGUUGGUAUCAACUACAGCAUCUGCAUUCCCAAGAGAACAAACCAUUUAAGAUUCUUCAAAAUAAAUAAGCAGAAAGAAGUUGAUCAAGAACUUCAGCUGCCGGAUUCUUUGAAGGUUGAAAAAGCUUGUACUCCGGUGGCUGGGGUCCUGCAAGUUCUGAAGGAUGUGAACUGCAGAGCAAAACCGUGGGAAAUCCUAGCCAUUGUUGGUCCAAGUGGAGCAGGGAAAUCUUCUCUUUUGGAGAUCCUGUCUGGGAAACUUGUCCCACAAAGUGGUUCCAUUUUAAUCAACCAAAACACUGUGGACAGAGCUCAGUUUAGGAAGAUUUCAGGCUAUGUCACCCAGAAAGAUAUCCUCUUUCCCCUCCUUACUGUUGAAGAAACCCUCAUGUUCAGCGCCAAGCUGCGUUUAAGGCUACCGGAACCUCAACUCAGGUGCCGGGUUUCCAUCGGAGUCGAUGUGAUACACGACUCGAAUGUGCUGAUUCUUGAUGAACCCACUUCAGGCCUUGACAACACAUCUGCGCUGCAAAUUAUUGACAUGCUGAAAGUUAUAGCUGAAACUAGAGGAAGAACCAUAAUCUUAAGCAUUCAUCAGCCUAGUUUUCGAAUUGUGAAGCUGUUCAAUUCAAUUCUUUUGCUGGCUAAUGGCUCUGUUCUGCACCAAGGCACUGUGAAACAGCUCGGAGCCUGCUUGAGGGGGAUGGGUCUGCAGCUUCCUCCACAUGUAAAUACUGUAGAAUUCGCCGUUGAGUCUAUUGAAGCUAUUCAACAACAAAAAAAGGUCCAGUUGGAAUCACCAGCACAAGUUCCGUCACAACAGUGGAAAAGAGAAGAAACUGGAGAGAGCAGAGCUAGCAAGUUCAUUCUGCAGCAUUUGUUUCAGGAAUCCAAGGGUUUGGACAAAGAAAUUAUCAAUACAGGGAUUGAUUUCCCAAUGGAUUUUGCCAAUUCUAUAUUCCAAGAAACCAUCAUCCUCACUCACAGAUUCUCCAAGAACAUUUUCAGAACAAAGGAGCUCUUUGCCCGCCGGGCAAUUCAGAUGCUGAUUUCAGGGCUUGUUUUGGGCUCAAUCUUUUACAAUGUCAAGGACGAUCUCACAGGAGCAGAAGAAAAGGUGGGUCUGUUUGCAUUCAUACUAACAUUCUUGCUAUCAUGCACAAUAGAAGCACUCCCAAUCUUUCUUCAAGAAAGGGAAAUUCUCAUGAAAGAGACAUCUUGCGGAAGCUACAGACUUUCCACAUACAGCAUUGCGAAUGCCCUUGUUUAUCUACCAUUCAUUCUCAUCUUAGCAGUUCUGUUCACCAUUCCAUUGUACUGGCUGGUGGGAUUGAACCCAAAUUUCAUGGCCUUCAUGCACUUCCUGCUAUUGAUCUGGUUGAUUCUCUACACUGCCAAUUCUGUUGCGAUGUGUUUCAGCGCCUUGGUUCCAAAUUUUAUAGUCGGAAACUCAGUCAUCUCCGGUGUGAUGGGAUCCUUCUUCCUCUUCUCCGGUUACUUCAUAUCAAAACAUGAGAUUCCCAGUCACUGGAUUUUCAUGCAUUACGUAUCUCUGUUCAAGUAUCCGUUUGAAGGGUUUCUAAUAAACGAGUUCUCAAAGUCAGGUAAGUGCUUGGAGUACAUGUUGGGAAGCUGUUUGGUAACCGGGUAGGAUGUGCUAAGAGGAGAAGGCUACAGCGAAGAAAGCAGGUGGAGGAAUUUAGCGGUCAUGGUUUGCCUCAUCUUGCUUUACCGGUUUGUUUCAUAUGUGUUUCUAAGAUGCCGGGGCUUGGAGAAGAAUCUCCGCUCGGCUCUCCCUUGAAGAAUAUGCUCGAGUCUGUUUGAAAUUUACAUUAGCUAGAACCUAAAAGGGUUAGAAGAAGAAGAAAAACUAAAUAAGAAAGGAAUGAAAUAGGU